AUGGUACAGUCUCUGGUAGUAUUGUCCACGAUUGAGGCGGAACAUAUGGCAGUUUCCGAAGCUACAAAGGAGGUCUUAUGGCUUACUGGUGUACUCAGAGAGCUGAGGUUACAGCAAGAUGAUUCCAAAAGACUAUCCAAGUUGAGCAAGCUAAGCUACCUUGAUCUGAGCAGCAAUGGCUUUUCCCAAUCCGUAUUAAAGCUUUUAAGGGUACUCCAAGCUCUUAGAUAUCUAUCUCUUGAGGCAAAUUCAAUUAUUGGACAACUUUCUGACUUGGAUACAUUAACUUUUAGGAAUUUGGAGGUCUUAAAUUCGGGGGAUAAUUUUUUGAGUGGGAGUAUUCCUCCAAGUAUACUAGCAUUACCUUCUCUCAAGGCUUUAUCUUUGGCUCACACUAAGUUUAAUGGGUCUUUACCUCCAGAUUUGUGUGAACUGAACAAACUUCAAGAGUUGGAUCUUAGUGAAAACAAUCUCAAAGGGACCCUUCCUCCAUGUUUGAAUAAUUUGAAAAAUCUUAGGCUUCUGGAUCUCUCCAAGAAUCAAUUUACAGGGAAACUUUCUGAAUCUCUCAUUUCUGGCCUAACAGCAAUGGAGUACAUUGAUUUUAGCAACAAUUGA